CAUGGACUGUCUCUACUCGUACGUGCGCAUAACUAUACCGGGGAUACUGUCUACUUCCGAUCCGCUCAGAACGCAUUGGCUGUGUUUAAUACAUCUGUUGCACAAAAUGGAAUUCGUUCCUUGUUUCUCAACCAACCGUCAUUGCCCUGGUAUGAGGAAUAUCCUACGGAACCCGGGAACUUUGUCCUAAACGGGUUCAUCUACGCGUUGUUCGGAUUGUACGAUCUGGCCCAAGUAGGUGAACCAAUUGUUGUGUGCUCAUUUUAG